CUCUUCCUCCCGCGGCCCGCAGGCCCGCACCGCCCCGGAGGCCGGACGCGCGCUCGCCACCACGCUCCAGAAUGGCAGAAGACGACCCCUACUUGGGAGGGCAUGAACAAAUGUUUCCUUUGAAUCCUUUGAAUCAUACAAUAUUUAAUCCAGAAUUAUUUCAACCAGAGAUGGCGCUGCCAACAGCAGAUGGUCCAUAUCUUCAAAUAUUAGAGCAACCUAAACAGAGAGGAUUUCGCUUCCGUUAUGUAUGUGAAGGCCCAUCCCACGGUGGACUACCUGGUGCAUCUAGUGAAAAGAACAAGAAGUCCUACCCUCAGGUCAAAAUCUGCAACUAUAUGGGACCAGCAAGGGUUAUUGUUCAGUUGGUCACCAAUGGCAAAAGCGUCCACCUGCACGCCCACAGCCUGGUGGGAAAGCACUGUGAGGACGGGAUCUGCACCGUGAACGCCGGGCCCAAGGACAUGGUGGUCGGCUUUGCAAACCUGGGUAUACUUCACGUGACAAAGAAAAAAGUAUUUGAAACACUGGAAGCACGCAUGACAGACGCGUGUAUAAGGGGCUACAAUCCUGGACUCCUGGUGCACCCUGACCUUGCCUAUUUGCAAGCGGAAGGUGGAGGGGACCGCCAGCUCACAGACCGGGAGAAGGAGCUCAUCCGCCAGGCGGCUCUGCAGCAGACCAAGGAGAUGGACCUCAGCGUGGUGCGGCUCAUGUUCACGGCUUUCCUCCCGGACAGCACCGGCAGCUUCACCAGGCGCCUGGAGCCCGUGGUGUCCGACGCCAUCUACGACAGCAAAGCUCCCAAUGCAUCCAACCUGAAAAUUGUGCGAAUGGACAGGACAGCUGGCUGUGUGACCGGAGGGGAAGAAAUCUAUCUUCUCUGUGACAAAGUUCAGAAAGAUGACAUCCAGAUUCGCUUUUAUGAAGAGGAGGAAAAUGGUGGAGUUUGGGAAGGAUUUGGAGAUUUUUCCCCCACAGACGUUCAUAGACAAUUUGCCAUUGUCUUCAAGACUCCCAAGUACAAAGAUGUCAACAUUACAAAACCAGCCUCUGUGUUUGUCCAGCUUCGAAGGAAAUCUGAUCUGGAAACCAGCGAACCAAAACCUUUUCUCUACUAUCCUGAAAUCAAAGAUAAAGAGGAAGUGCAAAGGAAACGGCAGAAGCUCAUGCCCAAUUUCUCGGACAGUUUCGGCGGCGGCGGCGGCGGCGCGGGCGCGGGAGGCGGAGGCGUGUUCGGCGGCGGCGGCGGCGGCGGCGGCGGAGCUGGCGGCGCGGGUCCAGGGUACGGCUUCCCAAACUAUGGAUUUCCUACCUACGGUGGAAUUACCUUCCAUCCUGGAGCCACUAAAUCUAACGCCGGGAUGAAACAUGGAACCUUAGACGCUGAAUCUAAAAAUGACCCUGAAGGUUGUGACAAGAGUGAUGACAGAGAGACUGUAAAUCUCCCUGGGAAAGUCACGGGACCCACAGAACAAGGCCAGGAGUCCCACCAGCCCAGCAAUGGGAGUGACGAGGCUGCUCCAACGCACACAGCGGGAGUGAAGGCCGAGAGUGCUGAUAACCUCUUCCUGGAGAAGGCCAUGCAGCUUGCCAAGAGACAUGCCAACGCCCUCUUUGACUACGCGGUGACAGGGGAUGUGAAGAUGCUGCUGGCUGUCCAGCGCCAUCUCACCUUGGCGCAGGAUGAGAACGGGGACAGUGUCUUACACUUAGCAAUCAUCCACCUUCAUGCCCAGCUUGUGAGGGACCUGCUAGAAGUCACAUCUGGUCUGAUUUCCGAUGAAAUUAUCAACAUGAGAAAUGACCUGUACCAGACGCCCCUGCACCUGGCAGUGAUCACCAAGCAGGAAGAAGUGGUGGAGGAUCUGCUGAGGGCCGGGGCCGACCUGAGCCUUCUGGACCGCCUGGGUAACUCUGUCUUGCACCUCGCCGCCAAGGAGGGACACGAUAAAAUUCUCAGCAUCUUGCUCAAGCACAAAAAGGCAGCGCUACUGAUCAACCACCCCAACGGGGAAGGUCUGAGUGCCAUCCACCUGGCCAUGGUGAGCAACAGCCUGCCGUGCCUGCUGCAGCUGCUGGCCGCGGGGGCGGACGUCAACGCGCAGGAGCAGAAGUCGGGGCGCACGGCGCUGCACCUGGCCGCCGAGCACGACAACAUCUCCCUGGCCGGCUGCCUGCUGCUGGAGGGUGAUGCCCACGUGGACAGUACCACCUAUGAUGGGACCACGCCCCUGCACAUAGCGGCUGGGAGGGGGUCCACCAGGCUGGUGGCUCUUCUCAAAGCAGCAGGCGCGGACCCCCUGGUGGAGAACUUCGAGCCCCUCUACGACCUGGAUGACUCUUGGGAAAGUGCCGGAGAGGAUGAGGGCGUCGUGCCCGGAACCACUCCUCUGGACAUGGCCGCCAGCUGGCAGGUAUUUGACAUCUUAAAUGGGAAACCGUAUGAGCCAGAGUUUACAUCUGAGGAUUUACUGGCGCCAGGGGACAUGAAGCGGCUGACCGAAGAGGCGAAGUCGCAGCUGUACGAGUUGCUGGAAAGUCCCGAUCCCGACAAGAACUGGGCGGCCCUGGCCCGGAGGCUGGGGCUGGGGGUGCUGAGCGGCGCCUUCCGGCUGAGCCCCGCGCCGCCCAGGACGCUGCUGGACAACUACGAGGUGUCGGGGGGGACGGUCCGGGAGCUGCUGGAGGCGCUGCGGCAGAUGGGCUACACGGAAGCCAUCGAGGUGAUCCAGGCGGCCUGCGGCCCGGGGAAGGCCACCGCCCGGGCCCCCUCGCCGCCGCUGUCGCCUCCCCCCACGAGGCCGCAAAUAGACGAGCUCCGAGAGGACAGCAUCUGUGACAGCGGCGUGGAGACGUCCUUCCGCAAACUCAGCUUCAUGGAGUCCCUGACCAGCAGCAGCCCCUUGCUAACCCUUAACAAAGUGCCCCCCGAUUACGGGCAGGAGGGACCUCUCGAAGGCAAGAUCUAGCCGGCUGGCGGUCCCCACGCCGCGUAAACCAAAGCCCUGAAAUUCCACUGCGCUGCCCGAAGGAAGGAAGGUAAAGUGCGUCCAGAGGUGCUCAGAGGAAAGCCGGCCGGCCUGGAUCAUUCUCGAUUUAACGCAAGGCCUGGACACUUGGCUUCCUUCCUUGGCCCACAGCUGGGUUUAGUCUGGUUCACUCGCAGCCAGCACCUGGCAGUCGCCGCCGGCCGGGCCGCUGUCUGGGAUGGGGUGGCUGAUUGAGCUUCGCUGGCUGCUCCGGAUCUCGGUUGCUUCUGUUGUUGCUGCUGCCCCUGCUGCCUCCUGCUGUCAUUAAACGGUGUCACUGUCCCCACUCUGUUCUCUCUAGCCAUCCACAACAUUCAGCUUAAGGAUAAGAAACGGGAUAUUUUAAAAUGAGAGUCACUUGGUGUGCAAUAAAAAAGGCUUAUUGCUUUUCCUAAGGUGAUUUAAGAAAAGAGAACAUGUAUUUGUCAAUAUUUAAACAUGGUUACAAUCAGUGCUGAAAAUGGUAUUUUCCCCUUUUUCUGCAUUUUGCUAUUGUAAAUAUGUUUUUUAGAUCAAGACUUUAAAGAAAAAAUGUUGGAUUUAUAAAUGCUAUUUUUAUUUUACUUUUAUAAUAAAAGGAAAAGCAAA